AAAUCCUCACCCCCUCUCUCCCUCCCUCUCUGUCUAUCAAAAUUGAAAGGAAAAAAAAUACCACAGCCAAUUAAAAUUUAACAAAAUGGAGUAUAGUGAAGCAGCCGCUUCUAACACCGCCGCCGCCGCUGCUACCAAUUCAUCUUCUCCUUCUUCUUCAGCUUCUCCGCCUCAAACUCCUACUUUUACUCCCCCACCGCCUGUCCCGGUGGUUGUUAGUCCUUGCGCUGCUUGUAAGAUUCUCCGGCGAAGAUGCGCUGAUAAAUGUGUCUUGGCACCAUAUUUUCCACCUACUGAACCGGCGAAGUUCACCAUUGCUCAUCGCGUCUUUGGCGCUAGCAAUAUUAUUAAGUUCUUACAGGAACUUCCGGAAUCUCAAAGAGCAGAUGCAGUGAGUAGCAUGGUUUAUGAAGCGAGUGCGAGAAUUAGAGAUCCUGUUUAUGGGUGCGCCGGAGCAAUUUGCCAUCUUCAAAAACAAAUUAGUGAGCUUCAAGCACAAUUAGCUAAAGCACAAGCAGAGCUAGUGAAUAUGCAAUGCCAACAAGCUAAUCUUGUGGCAAUACUUUGUAAUUGUAUGGAAAUGGCACAAUCUCCCCAACAAUCAUCGGAACAAUCCGUCGACAAUUUCAUUAGCACCCCACAGAGCUACCAGAGCAACCCUUGCUUCAUUGAUGAGAGCAAUUUAUGGGAACCUCUUUGGACAUAAUUAAUUAAUUAAUUAAUUAAUUAAUUAAUUGUAACCAAAAAUUUCUCUAGAAGUUAAUUAAUUAAUUAAUAAUUAUGUUCCAGUGAAGUUCUCCUAACUCAAGGGCUAACUCACUCGCUCUAAACGUGAGAAGGAGAAACCCAAGGACAUUAAUCUUAAUAAGAUUAUUAACUUAAUUAUAAUGGUUAGGGGUAUAAUAAUAUAGGUAAUUAAUAGCUUGUGUUAUGAAUUUUGGAGGGAAAUUAGUUAAGUGUAAGCUUUUGGAUCUAAUCUUUUUGUUAAAGCUAAACAAAAAUAGAUUGGACUCUGUUUUCCUCCCUUGUAAUUUUUAAUUUUCUAUUUAAUAUAAUUUUAAUUUAGGAGAAAAAUGAGAGAUGCCAUUUACUUCA